CCAAAUCAUAUCUUAGAUCCUCCUCACCUUCAAAUUCUUGUGAACAUUUUCAAUGGCGAAUUCAUUCAUCGUUAUCAGUGUUUUAAGUCUUUUGUUGUUGAUCCAGAGCAACGACGCAUACGAGUUUUUGGUUGGAGGUUCUGGUGAUUGGAGUCUUGCAUCAACCAACUAUAAUCAAUGGGCCGAAAAAAGCCGUUUCCAAAUUGGUGACACCGUCUUAUUCAAAUAUGAAGCCGAGAAGGACUCGGUGGUUGAAGUGAGCAAAGAUGAUUACAACAAUUGCAACGCAGCAUCACCCAUUGCAAAGUAUAGUGAUGGUCACUCAAUGGUCAAGUUGAACCAAUCUGGACCUCAUUAUUUCAUUAGUGGACUUGUUGAGAACUGCAAAAACAACGAGAAAGUUGUGAUUGUUGUCAUGGCUGAUCGAAGCAAACACCACCAAUCGCCGCCAAGCUCACCACCGUCUCCAGUUCCAGCAGUUGAAGAGUUGCCAUCUCCACCACCCGCUCCAGCAACAGAAGAUAAUAACCCGACUCCAGCCCCUAGUGCCGCUUCUUCAGCUGUCAUGAGUUUCGUGUGUUCUGUCAUUGCUUUUGCUGGCUCUUCUGCUCUUUAUGUUAUUUGAUUGCGCAAGUGACUUGUUUGCCUUGUUUAUUGUUGUAGGCUUCUGUAUGAUACAUAAAUAAGUUGUCACGUUGAUUAUAUUAUUUAUAACAAUAUUUGUA